AUGUCUCCGCGGCCCGGGCCCCUAAAAGGUCGCAGCCGCCCAACAGGAGCCAGGCCCACUGCCCUCUCUGCGCGGCUGUCUCGCAGGCGCCUCCUGCAGCCACGCCCGCCAGCCGGCCGCUCCGGUGCAUUGUGGAUAUCCUGUCAGUCACUAUGUCCCGCCCCCUUCGCCCACUCCAGCCAGCGGCGCGAUCCCGAGGGCCAGCCGGCCCGCGCGCUCACUGGUUACCGGGCGCUGUCUGUCAUGAGACUGACCCCACCCCCUGCGGGGUGCGGAUCCUGGGAUCCCCAAUCGAUCCUCAUUGGUCUUCCGCGCCGCCACUCGUGUGAGACGGAGCUGCGAGACCGAGCGGUGGCUCCCAGCGCGGCGCGGCAGCUCCUCCCGCCCGGGGUCAGCGCCCCGGCGCGCGCAAGCGCACCCCUGUCGUCCGCGUCGUCGGUCGGUCGGUCUUCGGUCGUCGUGUCGCCGCCGCCGCCGCCGCGGGCGCCACCUGAGGGAGCCUCCGCCGUGGGACGCGACCGGACCCGACCCGGCCGCGCCGCCGAGACCGGCCCGGGGCCCCGGGGGACGGCGACCGGGACGCCGCGCAACUUGGUGAGUGAGGGGCCGGCGCCGCGCGGGUGCCCGCUUCCGGUGCCCGGCUCCUGGAGCUUCCGCCGUCCGGCCGCGACCGGGUCUCUGUGGGGGCCCGCGAGUGAGGGGACCCCGAGGCUGAAGGGGCCCCAAGGCUGA